AUGGCGGAGCCCGCAGCGAAGAAGGCGCGCACCGGGCGCACUUUCCUUUUCUCCUCGGAGUCCGUGAACGAGGGCCAUCCGGACAAGAUCUGCGACCAGGUCUCAGAUGCGGUGCUGGAUGCGUGCCUGAAGGUGGACCCCAAGAGCAAGGUGGCCUGCGAGACUGCGACCAAGGACAACAUGGUCAUGGUGGCGGGCGAGAUCACCACGCAGGCAAAGCUGGACUACGACAAGGUGGUGCGAGGAGUGGUGGAGCAGAUUGGCUUCGACAGCUUUGUGGACGAUCUGUCCAGCGUGGACAGCAAGGGCUUGAGCUUCAAGACCUGCGAAGUUUUGGUGCGCAUCAACAAGCAGAGCCCGGACAUUGCGGGCGGCGUGCACGUGGGCAAGGAUGAGAUGGACGUGGGCGCAGGCGACCAGGGCAUCAUGUUUGGCUAUGCCAGCGAUGAGACCUCGGACUGCAUGCCCCUGACUCACUCCAUGGCCACGCGGCUCGGCAAGACCCUGACCGAUGUGCGCAAGAGCGGGGAGUGCUGGUGGCUGCGACCAGAUGGCAAGACCCAGGUGACCAUCGAGUACCUGCAGCACCCGGACGGCUCCGUGGAGCCCAAGAAGAUCCACACUGUGGUGAUCUCCACUCAGCACGCGGAGCCUCUGAAGGCCGUGCGCAGCAAGGAGUGCGCUGGCUACAAGGGCACAGAGAUGACUGCACCCAGCAUGGAGCAGAUGAACAAGGAGAUUGAAGAGAAGGUGAUCAAGCGCACGCUGGAGUCCAUCACGCUGAAGAGCGGCAAGUCCGCCAUCACCCUGUACGGCAGCCACACCCACCUGCACAUCAACCCUUCGGGCAAGUUCAUCAUCGGCGGUCCUCAGGGUGACGCAGGCCUCACGGGCCGCAAGAUCAUCAUCGACACCUACGGUGGCUGGGGUGCCCAUGGCGGUGGUGCUUUCUCGGGCAAGGACCCAACCAAGGUGGACCGAUCAGCGGCAUACAUCUGCCGGCAGAUGGCCAAGUCCGUGGUGAACAGCGGCCUGAGCGCCAGGUGCCUUGUUCAGCUGUCCUAUGCCAUCGGCGUGGCAAAGCCUUUGUCUCUCUUUGUGGAGACCUACGGCAGCGAGAGGGGAGAUCUUACGGUGGAUGACAUCACCAACAUCCUCAAGAUCGAGUUCGACUGCCGUCCCGGUGCAAUCGCACAGUCGUUGGCCCUGCGCGAGCCGAAGUACCAGGACACAGCUGCCUACUGCCAUUUCGGCCGCGAGGCAGUGACCAAGGCCGGCAUCAAGUUCUUUGAGUGGGAGAACCCGAAGGACCUUUCCAAGUACAAGGCCAUGAAGAGCGAUCAGGUGGAGGCUGCCUUGAAGAGCAGCAACUACCUGACGAAGUGGGUGCCCGCAGCGAAGAAGGCGCGCACCGGGCGCACUUUCCUUUUCUCCUCGGAGUCCGUGAACGAGGGCCAUCCGGACAAGAUCUGCGACCAGGUCUCAGAUGCGGUGCUGGAUGCGUGCCUGAAGGUGGACCCCAAGAGCAAGGUGGCCUGCGAGACUGCGACCAAGGACAACAUGGUCAUGGUGGCGGGCGAGAUCACCACGCAGGCAAAGCUGGACUACGACAAGGUGGUGCGAGGAGUGGUGGAGCAGAUUGGCUUCGACAGCUUUGUGGACGAUCUGUCCAGCGUGGACAGCAAGGGCUUGAGCUUCAAGACCUGCGAAGUUUUGGUGCGCAUCAACAAGCAGAGCCCGGACAUUGCGGGCGGCGUGCACGUGGGCAAGGAUGAGAUGGACGUGGGCGCAGGCGACCAGGGCAUCAUGUUUGGCUAUGCCAGCGAUGAGACCUCGGACUGCAUGCCCCUGACUCACUCCAUGGCCACGCGGCUCGGCAAGACCCUGACCGAUGUGCGCAAGAGCGGGGAGUGCUGGUGGCUGCGACCAGAUGGCAAGACCCAGGUGACCAUCGAGUACCUGCAGCACCCGGACGGCUCCGUGGAGCCCAAGAAGCCGUGCAGCAAGGAGUGCGCUGGCUACAAGGGCACAGAGAUGACUGCACCCAGCAUGGAGCAGAUGAACAAGGAGAUUGAAGAGAAGGUGAUCAAGCGCACGCUGGAGUCCAUCACGCUGAAGAGCGGCAAGUCCGCCAUCACCCUGUGCCUUGUUCAGCUGUCCUAUGCCAUCGGCGUGGCAAAGCCUUUGUCUCUCUUUGUGGAGACCUACGGCAGCGAGAGGGGAGAUCUUACGGUGGAUGACAUCACCAACAUCCUCAAGAUCGAGUUCGACUGCCGUCCCGGUGCAAUCGCACAGUCGUUGGCCCUGCGCGAGCCGAAGUACCAGGACACAGCUGCCUACUGCCAUUUCGGCCGCGAGGCAGUGACCAAGGCCGGCAUCAAGUUCUUUGAGUGGGAGAACCCGAAGGACCUUUCCAAGUACAAGGCCAUGAAGAGCGAUCAGGUGGAGGCUGCCUUGAAGAGCAGCAACUACCUGACGAAGAUGCGAGUGACUCUGGCAAAGAGAUCUGCAAGUGUGCAGUCUGCAGUCAUGGCGGAGCCCGCAGCGAAGAAGGCGCGCACCGGGCGCACUUUCCUUUUCUCCUCGGAGUCCGUGAACGAGGGCCAUCCGGACAAGAUCUGCGACCAGGUCUCCGAUGCGGUUCUGGAUGCAUGCCUGAAGGUGGACCCCAAGAGCAAGGUGGCCUGCGAGACUGCGACCAAGGACAACAUGGUCAUGGUGGCGGGCGAGAUCACCACGCAGGCAAAGCUGACUACGACAAGGUGGUGCGAGGAGUGGUGGAAGCAGAUUGGCUUCGACAGCUUUGUGGACGAUCUGUCCAGCGUGGACAGCAAGGGCUUGAAGCUCAAGACCUGCGAAGUUUUGGUGCCAUCAACAGAGCCCGACAUUGCGGCGGCGGCACGUGGGCAAGGUAUCGAGUACCUGCAGCACCCGGACGGCUCCGUGGAGCCCAAGAAGAUCCACACUGUGGUGAUCUCCACUCAGCACGCGGAGCCUCUGAAGGCCGUGCGCAGCAAGGAGUGCGCUGGCUACAAGGGCACAGAGAUGACUGCACCCAGCAUGGAGCAGAUGAACAAGGAGAUUGAAGAGAAGGUGAUCAAGCGCACGCUGGAGUCCAUCACGCUGAAGAGCGGCAAGUCCGCCAUCACCCUGUGCCUUGUUCAGCUGUCCUAUGCCAUCGGCGUGGCAAAGCCUUUGUCUCUCUUUGUGGAGACCUACGGCAGCGAGAGGGGAGAUCUUACGGUGGAUGACAUCACCAACAUCCUCAAGAUCGAGUUCGACUGCCGUCCCGGUGCAAUCGCACAGUCGUUGGCCCUGCGCGAGCCGAAGUACCAGGACACAGCUGCCUACUGCCAUUUCGGCCGCGAGGCAGUGACCAAGGCCGGCAUCAAGUUCUUUGAGUGGGAGAACCCGAAGGACCUUUCCAAGUACAAGGCCAUGAAGAGCGAUCAGGUGGAGGCUGCCUUGAAGAGCAGCAACUACCUGACGAAGAUGCGAGUGACUCUGGCAAAGAGAUCUGCAAGUGUGCAGUCUGCAGUCAUGGCGGAGCCCGCAGCGAAGAAGGCGCGCACCGGGCGCACUUUCCUUUUCUCCUCGGAGUCCGUGAACGAGGGCCAUCCGGACAAGAUCUGCGACCAGGUCUCCGAUGCGGUUCUGGAUGCAUGCCUGAAGGUGGACCCCAAGAGCAAGGUGGCCUGCGAGACUGCGACCAAGGACAACAUGGUCAUGGUGGCGGGCGAGAUCACCACGCAGGCAAAGCUGGACUACGACAAGGUGGUGCGAGGAGUGGUGGAGCAGAUUGGCUUCGACAGCUUUGUGGACGAUCUGUCCAGCGUGGACAGCAAGGGCUUGAGCUUCAAGACCUGCGAAGUUUUGGUGCGCAUCAAGCAGCGACAGGGCAUCAUGUUUGGCUAUGCCAGCGAUGAGACCUCGGACUGCAUGCCCCUGACUCACUCCAUGGCCACGCGGCUCGGCAAGACCCUGACCGAUGUGCGCAAGAGCGGGGAGUGCUGGUGGCUGCGACCAGAUGGCAAGACCCAGGUGACCAUCGAGUACCUGCAGCACCCGGACGGCUCCGUGGAGCCCAAGAAGAUCCACACUGUGGUGAUCUCCACUCAGCACGCGGAGCCUCUGAAGGCCGUGCGCAGCAAGGAGUGCGCUGGCUACAAGGGCACAGAGAUGACUGCGCCCAGCAUGGAGCAGAUGAACAAGGAGAUUGAAGAGAAGGUGAUCAAGCGCACGCUGGAGUCCAUCACGCUGAAGAGCGGCAAGUCCGCCAUCACCCUGUGCCUUGUUCAGCUGUCCUAUGCCAUCGGCGUGGCAAAGCCUUUGUCUCUCUUUGUGGAGACCUACGGCAGCGAGAGGGGAGAUCUUACGGUGGAUGACAUCACCAACAUCCUCAAGAUCGAGUUCGACUGCCGGCCCGGUGCCAUCGCACAGUCGUUGGCCCUGCGCGAGCCGAAGUACCAGGACACAGCUGCCUACUGCCAUUUCGGCCGCGAGGCAGUGACCAAGGCCGGCAUCAAGUUCUUUGAGUGGGAGAACCCGAAGGACCUUUCCAAGUACAAGGCCAUGAAGAGCGAUCAGGUGGAGGCUGCCUUGAAGAGCAGCAACUACCUGACGAAGUGGGUGCCCGCAGCGAAGAAAGCGCGCACCGGGCGCACUUUCCUUUUCUCCUCGGAGUCCGUGAACGAGGGCCAUCCGGACAAGAUCUGCGACCAGGUCUCCGAUGCGGUUCUGGAUGCAUGCCUGAAGGUGGACCCCAAGAGCAAGGUGGCCUGCGAGACUGCGACCAAGGACAACAUGGUCAUGGUGGCGGGCGAGAUCACCACGCAGGCAAAGCUGGACUACGACAAGGUGGUGCGAGGAGUGGUGGAGCAGAUUGGCUUCGACAGCUUUGUGGACGAUCUGUCCAGCGUGGACAGCAAGGGCUUGAGCUUCAAGACCUGCGAAGUUUUGGUGCGCAUCAACAAGCAGAGCCCGGACAUUGCGGGCGGCGUGCACGUGGGCAAGGAUGAGAUGGACGUGGGCGCAGGCGACCAGGGCAUCAUGUUUGGCUAUGCCAGCGAUGAGACCUCGGACUGCAUGCCCCUGACUCACUCCAUGGCCACGCGGCUCGGCAAGACCCUGACCGAUGUGCGCAAGAGCGGGGAGUGCUGGUGGCUGCGACCGGAUGGCAAGACCCAGGUGACCAUCGAGUACCUGCAGCACCCGGACGGCUCCGUGGAGCCCAAGAAGAUCCACACUGUGGUGAUCUCCACUCAGCACGCGGAGCCUCUGAAGGCCGUGCGCAGCAAGGAGUGCGCUGGCUACAAGGGCACAGAGAUGACUGCGCCCAGCAUGGAGCAGAUGAACAAGGAGAUUGAAGAGAAGGUGAUCAAGCGCACGCUGGAGUCCAUCACGCUGAAGAGCGGCAAGUCCGCCAUCACCCUGUGCCUUGUUCAGCUGUCCUAUGCCAUCGGCGUGGCAAAGCCUUUGUCUCUCUUUGUGGAGACCUACGGCAGCGAGAGGGGAGAUCUUACGGUGGAUGACAUCACCAACAUCCUCAAGAUCGAGUUCGACUGCCGUCCCGGUGCAAUCGCACAGUCGUUGGCCCUGCGCGAGCCGAAGUACCAGGACACAGCUGCCUACUGCCAUUUCGGCCGCGAGGCAGUGACCAAGGCCGGCAUCAAGUUCUUUGAGUGGGAGAACCCGAAGGACCUUUCCAAGUACAAGGCCAUGAAGAGCGAUCAGGUGGAGGCUGCCUUGAAGAGCAGCAACUACCUGACGAAGUGGGUGGACUAA